AUGAAAAUUUUCAAGAGUCUUCUUUUUAUAACUCAGAUUUCUGCGCAGAAAAAAGUCAUCACAAAAGCAAAACUGCGAAAAUGGGAAAAGGCCGUGGCCGCAAGAAGGGCAGAAAAAGAGCUCGAAAAGAGCCAGAAAAUUGAAGCUACUAAGGACCCUCUUGGAGAAAUCAUCCUUCCCGAGAUCCCUCCAGAGUCGGAUAUUGAAUAUGAGCUGGCAGAGACGUUCGAUUAUUCGCCAAAUAAGCUUCCCGAAGAGCAGGUACCAGAUUACGCCGCUUUCUGGUACGGCGACAUUUCUCCGGAAAUCGAUGUCGAAGGCAUUCCAGUCGAAUACGAAAUGUUCAAUGACAUUGGGCUGCAACGAACGAUGGACGAAGUCGGGAUUUCAGCGGAUGAAUUUGACGAAAUCGUGGAAAAACAGUUUUUAGAUGAUAUUGAUGAGCGAACAAUUGAAAAAGAGAAAACAAAAUCAUCUCUCAGCUCUCGAAUGUCCGCCCAAUUCGAAGAUGGAAUCAAAGAAGAAAAAUCCGUUUCAUCUUUGGUCAAAAACUUGCUACGAAGCAAGAAGAAGUUGAGUCCCAAGGAAAAGAAAGAACUCGCGGAAAUACGAGCAGAGCGAAAGAAAAAAAAAGAGGCAAAAGAAGCAAAAAAGAAGAAGGCAAAAACGUCAACUCAGGAAAUAACGACAACUGAAGCUGGGAUAACAACAACCUCUACGACUUCGAUAACUACAACUUCGACGACAACAAGUCAGACAACAAGAAGAAAGCGGCCAAAAGGCAGACCAACUAAAAGGCCUCUUCGAACUAAGAAAACAACUACUUCCACAACAACAACAUCAACAACUACGACUUCAACAAUGACUUCAACAACGAGCACAACAUCCACAACGUCAACUACAUCAACUUCAACCACAUCUACAACUACAACACAAAAACCACUCCAGUCCGCAAAUCAUAACAGAGAGUCCUUCAUGUUGUCAAAGAAUGAAAUCCCAAAUUUCGACGAUCUCUUCUGCUGGAAAUGCUCUGCUCAAAACUUCGAGCAGUGCAAUAAAAUUGGUACUGCUCAAAAAUGCCCAGCUGAUCAAAGAACUUGCGCGAUCGAAUUGAGAAAGAGGGACGGAAGGGUUGUUGGUGUUCAAAUGGGAUGCCAGAGCUCGUGGACGUGCGAAGCGAAUAAGAAGCAGAACUUCAUUCAUCCCUACCCAAGACUGACGCAAUGCCGACCAGAGUGGAUCAUGCCGUAUUCCGUCUGUCGCCAAUGCUGCCACAGUAAUUGGUGCAACCGAGGAAAUGAUCCUCUUGAAACGCCGUAUUGGUUCAAACCUGUAGAUCGAUACGAAUGGGAAAUGAUUCGAGAUUGA